CGCACAGCCCCGUGCAGCCUUUGUCUGCUGGCGGGGCCGGGGCGUGGGCAGGGGCCAGCCACCGCCACCGCCCCUCACUCCGGCCCCUCUUUGCAGCCGACAGCACGUGAGCCCCUCGCUACCCGUGGCGGCCGCCCACCCUGCGCCCCGGUGCCAGCGCGGAGGAUGCCCAUCGAGGCGCUGCAAGCCGGUGACGCCAUGAAGGGGGUGACGGUGACGGCACCCUUCACCUCGGCCAUGCCCAUCCGCAUCCUCCGCAAGGGCCCCGCUUAUUUCCGCCGGUGUGCCGAGCCAGGUGCCGGGAAGCCCAGCGCAGUGGAGAGGCUGGAGGCCGACAAGGCCAAGUACGUGAAGAGCCAGCGGGUCGCCAGCACCAAGCAGGAGCCAGUGAAGCCGCUGCUGCUCAAGCAGCCCCUCUUCACCCCGGGGGUGCGUCGGGCUGCGCUCACCCCCAGCCGCAGGGCACCCCUGGGGCCACGCCGUGCUGAGGCUGGCGGCCCGAAGACCUCCCUUGACCUGGAGAUCCUCAACAACCUCAUCAACCUCUGCGACAGCCCCUUCCCCAAGGCCGAGAGCCCGCUGGGCCGGGAGCGCAAGUGGAGGCGCGUGCCCUACGGUAUCUCCGUCAUCGAGCGCAACGCCCGCGUCAUCAAGUGGCUGUACGGGCUGCGCCAGGCCAGGGAGCCCCAGCAGGUUUCUGACGUGUAG